AUGGACACCGAAAAGGCUCAAGAAUAUCUCAAGAGUAUUCUGAACAAGAACCUUCGCGUGUACACGUCUGAUGGUCGGCUAUUCUGGGGCGCUCUUAAGUGCACCGACCCUGACAAGAAUCUUGUGCUGGCUUACUCAUACGAAUACCGGCAACCAUCUUCGAAAGAACGUGUUAAGGCGGCUGCAGAAGCACAUGGUGACACUGUUAAAGUCGACAUGAGCUCUCGCUAUCUGGGCUUGAUAGUUAUACCUGGACAUCACAUCACGAAGAUAGAGGUUGAGGAGUUUGCCAGUCAAAUGCGGAAUGAGAACUUCAUGUGA